AUGGCGAGACCCCAAGAUACGGCUUUGGCCCGAUUCUAUGGCCUCCCUAAGGUGCACAAAGACGGCGCUCCUCUCCGACCCAUCGUGUCGCUCAAAGGGACUCCAACGUACGGACUGGCGAAGUGGCUGUUCCGGCGUCUCAAGUUCCUGACCGCUGAGUCAGACACCACUGUCUCUUCGUCAGCAGACUCUCUGGAGAAACUCAAAGGGGUAAGCCUCCAUCCAAAUAAGGUCAUGGUAUCUUUUGAUGUUACAUCCCUUUUUACUUCUAUUCCCCAGGACCUGGCGAUCGAGACAAUUGAACUGCUACUACAAAGCAAAUACGAUGAAACGGAGAACCGUCUUGGACACGCCCAAAUCCUUCAGCUCCUGAAGCUCUGUCUCAGGACGUACUUCACGUUCGACGGGACAAUCUACGAACAGGUGAAGGGCACACCAAUGGGUUCGCCGAUUUCGGGAUUCAUCGACGAGGCGGUCCCGCAACGGUUAGAGUCGCUGGUCUUCCAACACCACAGACUGAAAUUCUGGGCCCGUAUGUGGAUGACACCUUCGUCGUCAUCGAAUGGGAUCAGGUGUUGA